AUGGAGAACCGGCCGUUAGAAGUGGAGGAUGUCAUAGCUGCGGUGCUGGACGCCUCCAACCAUUUUGCAGCUCUUCUGCUGCCACUUCGGGCGGCCUCCGCGCGCCUGGUGAGGAGGCAGUACCUGCGACUUGCCCUGACAAUCCACCCAGACAAAUGCAGCCUGCCUGAAGCCGCGGAGGCCUUCAAGCGCAUGUCUGAUGCCUUCAGCGUGUUACAUGACCUAGCGUCCCAGGCAGAGCACCUGUGCGUGGCAGAGGGGGGAAGCGCACCCAAGACGGUCAGAGCACGCAAGCCAUCUGCCCAGCCACCACCGGCAUCCAAGUUCGGGAGUGGAAUCUGGGGUGCUGGCUUCGGAUUACGCCUCGGAGUUUGGAACGUCGUCGGGGUGGAAAGAUGUACUCCGAAAGACGUUACGGACGCUGUUGGCACUGCGGUACAACUGGAGCACAUGCGAUUGGUGGUGAGCCUAGCCCGUGGCGGCUCGAUGAAAGGAUGUGUACCGACCGAUUGCUGGACAAGAAGUGGAAGAAUGGAUGGUCCGGGUACGCCGACUUUAAUCGAGUUGCCCUUGGAUGUGCACAGUGACCGUUGGCUCAUUGAGGAUAUUCUUCACACAUCCUCGCACAAAGCGCCGCUGAUUCAGUUCUGGCGAGGCAAAGAAAUGCUGGAGAUUGCCGCAGGCGAGAGGGAGCAAGGGAAUACUUGCCUGCAGGCCAUGAUCUCCCAUGUGUCAAGCGCAGUGGGUGCCACAGGAGCGCCCAAUGGAAUUCGCGUCCUGAGGGAGUUUCUGGCAGGACGACUGCCAGCUUCAGGUGCUCCUGUAUUUGGUUGGCUUCACUUGUGGAUCGGCACGCAUCGAGACGGCGACUGGGCAGAAGAGAUGGAUCUGCGUCUGGGACAACGCAUGUGGGGCGCUUCGUCUUUUCAGCGACAGCUUCCCCAACCCGACGCAGCAGUUGGAAAUGAAGACAAGGAGGCACCUGUCGAGGUGGCUCAUGCUUCAGACAGCCUACCAGCUGUUCCUUCGGUACUUUCUUUGGACUGGCAGUCGUGGAUAGCAGUGCAGAUGGCGAGAGAGAUCUGCCUGCGGACGCCAGCCUGCACUGCUAUCAUCGAAUUCUGUCGCGGACCUGGGGAAGGAAACCAACACGUAUUUGAGGCACCCAUAAACGAUCUUUGA